CGCGUGGUCCGCUGGUUUGGAGAAGGGAGCGAGACGCGGGGAGAGGAGAGGGGGAGACGAAGGGGGAAAGCGAUUUCCGGUCUCUCCCUCCGCUCCGUUCUCUUUGGCACCUUCCCUCGAGAGAUGAAAUGUGUCGUUUGUUAAUGGAUGUUGGCAAUCCUGAGAUCUAGAAGCUCUGAUUAAAGUGCUGCUACCUACUGUUGAAGAUGGGGGUGAUGUCGAGGAAGGUUUUGCCUGCUUGUGGAAGCCUAUGUUUCUUUUGCCCUUCACUGCGAGCUAGGUCUCGACAGCCAGUGAAGCGAUACAAGAAGCUUCUAUCUGACAUUUUUCCUCGAUCUCAGGAUGAAGAACCAAAUGAUCGCAAGAUAGGCAAACUAUGUGAAUAUGCUUCUAAAAAUCCACUGCGCAUCCCAAAGAUUACAAAUUAUUUGGAACAACGGUGCUACAAGGAAUUGAGAAUCGAGCACUUUGGCUCAGUAAAAAUUGUCAUGUGCAUCUAUCGUAAAUUAUUAAUUUCUUGUAAGGAGCAAAUGCCGCUGUUUGCUAGCAGUUUAUUGACCAUUAUAUGCACUCUCUUGGAUCAAACAAGACAGGAGGAAAUGCGAAUUAUAGGAUGCAAUACUUUUUUUGACUUUGUAAAUGGUCAGAGGGACAGUACUUACAUGUUCAAUUUGGAAGGCAUUAUACCAAAGCUCUGCCAUCUGGCUCAAGAAAUGGGGGAGGAUGAGAGGGCACACAAUCUGCGUGCAGCAGGCCUGCGAGCCCUUUCUUCUAUGGUUUGGUUUAUGGGUGAAUACUCCCACAUCUCCACAGAAUUUGACAAUGUUGUUUCAGUGGCUUUGGAAAAUUAUGAAAGCCUCUAUAAGAGCUCUGAGGAUCAUAGUGACGAUGACCGAAUCUCCCAAAACCGAUGGGUGCAAGAAGUCCAUAAUGCUGAGGCUCAUGUAUCUCCUUUCCCAGUUUCCAUGACAAGGAUUGUAAAUGAUCGAGGGGAACUAAAUCUGACUUUGGAAGAAGACAAGAGCCCCAGCUUCUGGUCAAGGGUCUGUGUGCAUAACAUGGCCAAGUUGGCCAAGGAAGCAACCACUGUACGACGUGUUUUGGAGUCUUUGUUUCGGUAUUUUGAUAAUUGCAAUUUGUGGUCACCUCGUAGCAGGCUUGCUCUCUGUGUUUUGCUGGAUAUGCAAAUAGUAAUGGAAAAUUCUGGGCAAAACACUCAUUUGUUAUUAUCUAUGUUAGUCAAGCAUCUGGAACACAAGACUGUCUCAAAACAACCUGACAUGCAGCUAGACAUUAUUGAAAUAACCACCUGUCUUGCCGUCCAAUCAAAAGCUCAGAGUUCUGUGGCAAUAAUUGGUGCAAUAAGUGAUCUACUGAGGCAUUUGCGCAGAAGCAUGCAGUGCACGCUUAGUAAUUUAGACUUGGGUGAUGACAUGAUCAAAUGGAAUAAUAGAUUUCAGAAGGCUGUAGAUGGGUGCCUUGAUCAGUUAACCAAGAAGGUUGGUGACGCAGGACCUGUUCUUGACAUGCUGGCUGUGACGUUGGAAAACAUCUCAAGCACUGUAUCAGUUGCGAGGGCAACCAUUUCUGCAGUUUAUCGUAUGGCACAAAUAAUAGCAUCAGUACCAAAUUUGUCCUAUCAGAAUAAGGCAUUUCCUGAAUCCCUGUUUCAUCAACUGCUUUUAGCUAUGGUCCACCCAGACCGUGAAACACAUGUGGGGGCACACCGUGUCUUCUCUGUUGUGCUUGUUCCAUCUUCUGUGUGCCCUCGUCCUUCUUCAGCUAGUGUGGGUUUGUAUAAGAAACAGGAUCUUCAAAGAACGCUCUCAAGAGCUGUCUCUGUCUUUUCAUCUUCAGCUGCUCUUUUUGGGAAGUUAAGAAGAGACGUGUUUUCCUUGAGAGAAAGCACAUGUCAGGACAAUGUGGAUAAGGUUUCUAAUAGUGAUGAUGGACAACAGAAUAGCAGCAAUGAUGCAAAACUUUAUAAACUUCAGUCAUCUCAAAGUCGGAUGCGUAGCGUAAAAGGCACUUCAUUACCCUCAAUUUCAGAAGAAAAUUUUUCGAGCAGUCCAUACAGGGAAAAGGACCCAAUUUCCCUUAGGUUGAGUAGUCGUCAGAUUACGUUGAUUCUUUCCUCCUUGUGGGCUCAGGCUAUGUCACUUGAGAAUACACCAGAAAAUUAUGAAGCCAUUGCUCACACUUACUGCUUGGCGCUGUUGUUUUCUCGAGCUAAGAAUUCAUUUAAUGAGGUAUUAGUUCGGAGUUUUCAGCUUGCGUUUUCAUUAAGAAACAUUUCACUUAGAGGAGAUGGUACAAUGCCGCCAUCACGACGCCGAUCCCUUUUCACUUUGGCAACAUCCAUGAUUGUUUUUUCUGCGAAGGCUUUCAAUAUUGUACCACUAAUUCCAAUUGCUAAGUCAUCACUCACUGAGAAGACAGACGUUGCUACCCACCAGGUUGAUCCAUAUCUCCGCUUGGUUGAGGAUUGCAAACUGCAGGCUGUGAAUACUGUAACUGAACAGUUGACAAAAGUUUAUGGAUUGAAAGAGGAUGACAAUGCCGCUCUGGAAUCUCUUUCAGCACUAGCAAUUAUGGAAAAUCAAUCAACAGAAUCCAUGGUUUCCGUGAUUGUGAACAGCUUGGAAGAUUCACUAAGAUCAGAGUUAUCUGCCAUAAGAAUGCAGUUGCUUGAUGACUUUUCUUCUGAUGAUGUAUGCCCACUGGGGGCUCUGUUCAUGGAGUUACCUGGACAGAGUAUCUCAUUUGGUUCAAAAACAAACUCUAUAUCUCAAGAGGUCAUGCCUCCAGCUUUUGCAAUAGAUGAUGAUAUCUUUACAGAAGCAUCUGAUAGUCCAGCAGAUUACAAGUCAAAUUUGUCCAGGGACACCAAUAUCCUGAGCGUCAACCAGCUACUAGAUUCAAUUUUAGAGACAGCAACGGAAGUUGGAAGAUUAUCAGUAUCAAGCACCGCUGAUGUGCCAUUCAAAGAAAUGGCUAGUCAAUGUGAGGCUCUUUUGGUGGGAAAACAACGAAAAUUAUCUGUUUUCACCAGUGCCCGACAGCAACAAGAAAUUUUCUUGAGUGGGCUUUCACAAGAUGACAACAGAAUGAAACAUUCCUCACACUUGUGCAUAGGACAAUUACAAACGGUUGGCAGUCCCUUCGAUCAUGAGCAGAACUUCAAUGCAUAUGCAUGCACCGUAACUACCACCACUACCCUUCUGUGUCCCACUGAAUACCAAUGGCAGCCCCAGUUCAGGCUCCCCGCUUCAAGCCCGUUCGAUAAUUUCCUAAAAGCUGUUGGCUGGUGAAAUGGUUAUGUUUAUUGAGCAUAUCGCCCUCCAUUGUGAUCAUGUAAAGUGAGUGGUGACCAGAUUUGAAUGCUCCAAUAUUCCGCAUGCUGUGGCCAAAUAGCUCUUGCUUGCAUCUCCAUAUGCCAUACCACUGAAGGACCAUCUAUGUUGAUUACUUGGCAAGUGCAUAUUAGUUCAUAUCUCAUCCUUUUCGUUCUAUCGUUAGAUUCAUUCAUUCAGAGUGGAAGUUCCAAGAUUCAUGGAAGAGGUGAUUUCAAGUUUGUAUGUCAAUGCUAAGAAUGGCAAUGGAUAACUGGAGCGGAUAAGGUUGGUGCAUUUAUUUAUUCAUUGGAUUCUUGUUAAAUGGCAUGAUGUAGUUAUGUGUGCUAUGUUAUUGUUAUGGAUGGAUAAAUUUCUUAAUAUGGGGAGAGGACCCUUUAAUAAACUUCAAUGCUUGAUUAAA